CGGCCCGCAGGAGGAGGCCGAGAUCCUGGAGUCGCUCCAGUCGGCCGUGGCGGCCCUCGGGGACGAGGCGUCGGUCGACCACCCGCUGGUCGAGGCAUGCGACAAGAUCAUGCUGGCGUACAGGGACAAGGCGGCGCUGCUGAAGCGCAACUGGACAGACGAGAUGUUCCAGGACGGCGAGGAGGUGAACGAGGGCCGCGUCGCCGAGAUCGAGGCCGAUCUGGCGCACAUCCUCGGCUCGUCCGGUGGCAAGGGCCUGGAGGACGGCGGCAACCUGGGGGGCGCCCUGGACCUGGUCGGCGUGUACAUAUCGAAGGAGGAGAAAACUACAAGCUGGACAAGGCGGACGCAGUGCUGUCCAGGUGCGGCCCGCACGUGUCGCGGCGCGGGGGCGUGUGGAUGGUCAAGUGGCUAAACCACGUCUCCACGGUGCGCAUGAAGCAGAACCGGCACCUCGAGGCGCUCGAGAUGCUCUACGACCUCGAGCUGUACAGCCCCUACUCGCCCGAGGAGGCCCCGGAGUUCUUCGAGACCCUCUACCGGAACCUCGCGUGGGCCCACAAGGCCCUGGGGCAGAUCGACGAGGCCGUGGUCUACUUCGAGAGGAUGGCCCGGUCGUCCAAGGCCCACAAGGGCAGCAUGGACUGGUUCGACUGCUGGGACAUCGGCAAGCUGGCGGCGACCCGCGGGUACCGCGACAAGGACAUGACAUGCCGCAGUUCUACAAGGGCCGUGCACUGGUCGAGCGGGCGCUGGACAUGCACCAGGAGGCGGAGCCCGAGGACCUGGUCAUGCGGGCGAAGGUCCACGACUCGCUGGCGGAGUGCUACAUCUGGGAGCCGAUUCUGCCAGGGAGGCCGGCCUCGGUGCAGAACGUGUCCAACACGCCGCCGACGCUCGUGGCAAGCGGUCGGAUCACUUCUGCAUCGAAGCGGUUCUUUUCGGACGGGG